GAAAAAAUCAUUUUCUUCCUCCUUCUAACCCUCUUUCUUUCACAAAUUGUGGUAGCUUCAAGUCAUGAAAUAAAGAGGCAUAGUCAUGGUGUUGGUAAACUUUACUUAAACAAAUUAUUGAAAAAAGAUUCAACCAUUGAUAAUAAUUGUAGUAGUAGCAAUUUUAGUUCAACCAUUGAUUAUUUAGAAUUGGAUAAAUUUGUUCUUUCUCAAAAAGGGUUGAAAAAUAAAGAUCAAAUCAAGAAAUUGCCAGGUCAACCACUUGUCAAAUUCAAACAAUAUGGUGGAUAUGUCACAGUCAACAAAUCUGCAGGUCGUGCCUUGUUUUAUUAUUUUGUUGAAGCUCAUGAAAAUUCCAAGUCAUUUCCCCUUCUCUUAUGGCUUAAUGGAGGUCCUGGUUGCUCUUCACUUGCUUAUGGAGCCAUGGAGGAAAUUGGACCAUUUAGAAUCCAUAAAGAUGGAAAGACAUUGUAUAGGAAUAACUACUCAUGGAAUCAAGCGGCAAAUUUAUUAUUUUUGGAGUCUCCCGCUGGUGUUGGAUUUUCAUAUUCAAAUAUAAGUUCUGAAGUCAAAUCAAAUGGAGAUAGAGAUACGGCUAUUGACAAUAUUAUAUUCUUAUUGAAUUGGAUGCAAAGAUUUCCGGAGUAUAAAAAUAGAGAUUUUUACAUUGCUGGCGAGAGCUAUGCAGGGCAUUUCGUACCUCAAUUGGCAGAAAUAAUUCUCCAGCACAACAAACUUGCCAAGAAGAAUCUUAUUAACCUAAAGGGGAUCAUGAUUGGAAACGCAGUGAUAAAUUUUGAGACAGACGAAAAAGGAAUGUAUGAGUACCAUGCAAGUCAUGGCUUGAUACCAGAUGAAAUUUUCGAGCAAAUCGACAGAUACUGUAAUUUCUCAGACAAGGCCCUUCCUCAACCACACCAAUGCGAUAACGCCAUUGAUAUAGCUAUAGCAGAUACCGAUCCCAUCGAUCUUUACAACAUAUAUGCCCCGUUAUGCCCUAAAUCCGAUGACCUCAGUACAACUUAUUAUACGUCCAACAAAAAUUCACAAGAGAUCGAUCCAUGUAGUGAUGAUUAUUUAAUUGCUUAUAUGAAUCGUCCUGAUGUUCAAAAGGCUCUUCAUGCCAAUGUCACCAAAAUUAAGUAUAAUUGGCAACCAUGCAGUGAAGUCAUAGAAAGUUGGAAAGAUAGUCCAUUAUCAAUAAUUCCCGUUAUCAAAAAAGUUAUGGCUAAUGGAAUAAGAGUAUGGAUAUUCAGCGGGGACACUGAUGGAAUAGUACCAGUAACUUCUACUAAAAAAUCUAUUAAGAAGAUGAAGCUUCGCGUUGAAACCCCAUGGUAUCCCUGGUUCCACAAGGAUUAUGAGGUUGGUGGAUACGCACAAGUAUAUAGAGGAAAUUUGACAUUUGCAACAGUGAGAGGAGCAGGACAUCAAGUGCCAAGUUAUGAGCCUGCUAGAGCUUUUACAUUGGCUAAGCACUUCCUUGCAGGAACACAACUCCCUAAUUCUACAACACAUAAAAUAAUAUACCUGACUCAAAACAUUCCAAUGCAAAGAAAAUAAGUUACAUAUUUGGUGGCCAUUAUUUUAGU